UUUUCUUGAAGUUAAUUCUCAUAGCAUAUUCAUUCUUCUCUUCCUACACAUUGUUGCAAUUAACUCAUCAUUUUUAUUUUUGAAAUUGAAAUUUUAUUUUGCACAGCACACGUUGUAAUUAAGGAGCUUUGUAUAAUAAGAAAGAUCAAGAGAAAGGGAAAGGCAUAAUGGAACGUGUAAAUUCAGCAAACCAAUUAAGAGCACUUGUUGUAGAUGAUGAUAGUCUUUUACGAAAAAUUCAUCAAGGUUUAUUGAAAAGAGCUGGUGUGAAAUAUGAAGCAGUGAAAAAUGGUAAAGAAGCUGUAGAGAUUAUUCGCGCUGGUCAAAGUUUUGACAUUAUUCUCAUGGAUAAGGAAAUGCCUAUCAUGAAUGGGAUUCAGGCAACCAAAAAGAUGCGAUCAAUGGGUAUUCGUAGUGUGAUCGUUGGAGUGUCAUCAUGUUCUGCAGCAGAAAUACAAGAAUUUAUGGAAGCGGGGCUAGAUGACUAUCAAGUGAAGCCAUUGACCAUUAAUGCGCUUAAUUCGAUUCUUGAUGUUGUAAAAGCUAACAAGUAUCACAGCCUUGGUGUAUGAUGUCGUAGAAAGUUAGGAGGCCCUUGGCUUUUACCGUCGAUAGUUUCUUUUAUAAAAUGUUAGCUAGUUAUAUAUAUGUGUGUGUGUGUGGUUUUCAUUUGUAAAUUCAGUAUGUAAUAAUUGAAGCUGUUUAAAACCGUUUGUACUGAUAACAAUCCUAAUAAAAUCCAAGUGAUGCAUGGAAUCACUGUUCAU